GAGACUGACGCGUCAUUCCCCCAUGAAGAAGAAGAAGAAGAAACGAGGGAAAAGAAGCAGGAAAAGGUAAGCAAGGAGGAACAGGUAAACAAGGAGGAAAAGGAAGCGUGGAAAAAUAACUCGACCAAGCUGAACAAAUGAAUAAACUUGACCCCGAAGAUGCCAUAUUCCUGGUUGAUGCUUUCCUGGAUGAGUGCAAGGUGGAUCAGCAUGGACACACUAAAAGAGGGUCAAAACAAUCCACAAAGCUGUGUGUUUGGCUUGAUGAGGACAAAGAUGGUCAUUCUCUGCCAAAAAGAUGUAGAGCUGGGGAGAAACGAAAGCGAGAUUCAGUUACUGUUUCUUCAGCAAGCGUUACACCUUCCUGUGCUCCGUCUACCAGCACAACUGAAGACACUGUGACCAUCGAAAAUUUAGACUCCCUCAUUCAAGAUGUCCGAGACCUCUUGGGAAGUGGUGCUGAACAACCUCUCCCCUCACACUGGAGGAACAGGCAAACUUCCUCUCUGGAGAAUUGGACAGUAAUGAGGCCCUUCAUGGUGAACAAUAUGUUAUCAUCUGAGAAGCCCAAGGAGGGGGUUUGCCAUCAUUGUGGACACAAGGCUGCAGUAGUGAUGUGUAGGGACUGUUUACCACGAUCACUCUACUGCACAGCCUGUGACCUUUCCACACAUGAGGCCCUGGUGCUUCAUAACAGAGCAUCCAUGGUGGAGGGGUUCUUCAGACACCUGCCACCAUCCACUUUUGUUCAGCAGCAUGAGGGAGGGAAAUUCUCCUAUCAUGAAAAAGAUUGCAUGUUACCAAUCGUUCCUCCCUGCUGCGACUGCUCCACUGGGCAAACAAGCUUUUCCAAGGGAAAGCCAGUUAUUUUAAUUGGAAUGAAUGGAAGAUACAACCUCUUCCUUCCAUCAGUAAACUGCUCCUGUGGAAAAACCUUGCCAGUGACCAUAAGUGAUCUGGUUGAAAGUGGUUACUGGCCAGCCACUGUCAAUUUUGAGACCUUGUACAUGGUGGACUUGUUCACCACGUAUGAGGAUCUAAAAAUCACUGCCCCAGGGAUGUCGAGACAAGCUUUUGUCAGCAUGCUCGAGUGUCGUACAAAACUCUUCGGGCGAAGUGGUAAGAUAUGUGGGGACACAAUGCAGAGGGCCUUCCUCGAAUGGACCUAUGCCAAAUUUGAGGUUGACAAGCUGUCUCAGGUCCAGCAUUUUCAGUGCCCUGCAUGCACACCCUCCAUGUUGGCAGUUGCAGUGGAUGGGAACCGCAAAUUAUAUCGUUUCAAAAGUCAACCAGGACCUGAUGGGUUUUUUGAUGGAGUCUUUUUGGCCAAUGAUGCUGAGGUGUCCUCCUUUGUUGAUUACAUCCAUGGAACAACUGGACAUAAUCCAGGGAAAGGGAGAUGUGGUGCGGGUCAGUGGACCGCAGCACGAGAGUCCGCCAACAAGUCUGCAAGCAAACUAGACGAGGAAGGUGUUGAAGUUGCUGUCUGCCGUCAUGGGGUUUUGCUGAAGGGACUGAAUAUGUUCCGUGGAGAAAUAUUUGCAUACCCAUUAUAUCUCCAGAAACAGCUAGCUUCACAGACCGUCCAGUUUUUUUGCUCUGAUGUGGUCUGCAAAUAUUGGCCAUAUCUGCAGAAAGUUGUGGACCACUGUCCAGAGUUGGAGGACUUGCUGAACAUGCGCCCAUUUCUCUCCAUCAUGCAUGCAAAAGCGCAUUCAUGGAUGUGUGAGUUAAAAUGGGGGGGACGCAAUCAAGAAGGAGCUGGAACAACAAUCGGGGAGGAGGUUGAACAGGUUAACAGCUUCCUCUCCCGAGCAGCCAUAUGUUCCAAGUACAUGUCAAAAGCUGUUCGCACAGACAUGCUAACAAUCCAGGCAAGUGGCUGGAACAAGCGAAAGGCAGAAAACCUUGACCGGACACUGGCCAAAAGAUACAUCAAGACUGUACAAAGGAUUGCAGAGGCAACAAAGGACCUGGAGAAACUCACUGCUGAGUUAUCUCUACAGCAAGACACAGUCCAGCAGUGGGUGUCUGAUGUUCAGCAGUGGACCUCAGGAGCAACAAUCCAAAAUGAUCUGCAGAGGACCAUCGAGGGGCUAUAUUUGGGCAUCAAACAGCGAAAAUUUCAGCUGUAUCGUCAGUCUGGUGGGAAUAAGCGAAGGCAUCAACUGAGAAGAAAGAUUGCUGUUGAGAAGAAAGCCUUGGAAGUUGCCAUCAAUGACCACAAUGCUACUGUGGGGGAAGUUGAAAAACUGCCUCCUCCCAAUGAACUCCUGGCUGUGGACAACUACUCCUGGCCAUGGGAAUGUCAUGGUGAAAUGGAGAGGAAAAAAAAUGUGUUUGACAAGGUAAUGCUGCUGGCUAGACUGAAAGAAGAAGAAGUUAUUGUGGUUCGCGAAGUCAAGCAGCACAUUGAGUAUGUGAGGAGUGUUGCUGGACUGAUUGAAGAGUUUACCUUUCAGCUCACUGAAGACACCAAUGGGAAAUGCAGUACAGAGGGCUUAAUGGAGAAAGGACGUGAGGGACUACUCUGUGUGCUGAAGAGAAGAUUGUGUGAAGUUGAAGCACAACUGGCUACAGCACGCACAACAUACAAAAGUAUUCUUGGACUGCAAACAUUGUCCUUAGAUGACUUCUCUGAAGAGGAAGACUUAGAGAAUACUUCCUCAACUGAUGAGGAACUGGGAGAGUAGUUAUUAGGGAGAUGAUGUGUAUGACUCUAAGAAGAUGUCUUCACAGUGUGUUGAACCCAAACGUCAGUGCUGUAAUAACUUGUAUGUGAAACCUGAGCCUAUUUUACUGCUGUUGUAAGAUUUCUUUGUUUAGAGCAUGUACUGCAAAUUCCAAUGAAACUAUAAAAACCCAUUAUUAUAGCCCAUUAGUCCCCACCCUCUGGCCCAACCCAAUCACUGGUGAUUCACAACUGUCAAACAUGACAAAUUACCUUGGCCUUUUUUUUUUUAGGAUUACAUUUUUGGUUGAAAUGUAUUGCGCAUCCCUACAUAGCUUCACUGUAGUUGUAGUCUCACUCUCACUCUCUCACUCUCACUCUCUCUCUCUCACUCAUUCACUCACACUCUCUUGCUCUCUUACUCACUCACUCUCACUCAUUCACUCACACUCUCUUGCUCUCUUACUCACUCACUCUCACUCAUUCACUCACACUCUCUUGCUCUCUCACUCACUCUCUCUCACUCAUUCACUCACACUCUCUUGCUCUCUUACUCACUCUCUCUCACUCACUCUCACUCAUUCACUCACACUCUCUUGCUCUCUCACUCACUCUCUCUCACUCAUUCACUCACACUCUCUUGCUCUCUCUCUCACUCACUCUCACUCUCUUGCUCUCUCUCACUCAUUCACUCACACUCUUUCUCACUCACUCACUCUCUCUCUCUCUCACACACACACACACACACACACACACACACACACACACACACACACACUCACUCACUAUCACACGCACACAUACACCUAUCUGAAAAAUAAUCUUUAUUUUGAACAGGGCAUAGUCUCUUAGCUGUAGAAAGCCUACUUUAUUAAUUUCACCCAGUAAUGUUAACUGUUGUUUCAAUGUAAACAGUAAAAUGACAAUACUUAGGCUAUGUCUUAAUUUCCUAAGUAGUUACACAAUUAUUUUCAUCUUUAUUUUGGGCUGUGUAUAAUGUUUAAUAUUAAAAAUAUACUGUGUG